GCCUUGCACCUCAUGAAGAAGAAGAUCAAGGCUUUGUCUUUGUUCGAAGAAGGAAUGCCCCACUACAGGAAUCUAUUAUUCCUAUUCCGCUCACAGAAACGCCAAUUAUAAAGAAAAAUCAAGUAAUUAGACAAAGUAAGCGGCGUUCGAGUAUAGAAAAAAGAGGCAAAAGAGCGUCUUCAAUUGGUAACGGAUUUGUAGCCAGACCACAUCCGGAUGUGAAUUCAAAUGAAUUUUUUCGUCAUAUUCAGGCAGAAAUGCCGGAACCGAUAAAACUCAGACAACUUUUGGUAUGGUGUGGACAAAGGGCUCUAGAUAAGCAGACUUCAGCCGAUGAAAAUGCACUGAAAAUUGAGAAAACUCUUCCGAAAAAACCACACCCACAAAAUAUCGUAAAUCAGAGGAAAUUAGAAGAACAUGAAGCAACUUUACGAAGGCUGAAAGCAGAAUGUGAAGAAUGGACAAAUUUGAUUUCUGAAAUCAAUUCUUUUCAUGCAUCAGUUGUAAAUGUUGCAUCAUCUAUUCCUUCGGAUGAAGGCAAAAUUUCUAUGUUACCUGAUGAAAUAGACAUGUCUUUCCUACCGGAGGAGCAACAUAAAUUUUUAUUACAAUAUUGCAAUGAAGAUGAGAAAAAUAAAAUAAAUGACUUAGAAAAAAUAAUUCAACCUCUUGAAAUUCAG